CUCUGAAGAGUCUAAAGCACUCCAAGCACUCUUUUAUGUGUUAUAUGGUGUUAUACAUAUAUGCAGUACGAUGGUUAGACAGUUGAAUUUUACUGUUUAAUAACGUUUUUGUCUCGUAAUUACGAUUGUUUUCUUCUAUAUAAAAAGAUAAAGGUAAGACUCGCAUAUUGAGAAUAGGAGCGCAAAUUACUAAUUCAAUAUGCUGGCUUCAACGUAAAUGAUUAAUCCACAGGGCUGGGUCAACUAUUAAAAUAUUGAUAACAGUAUUUUGCCCUAAGCAGCCAGCAUCCUUUUAAUCACUAUGUCCAUACAGUGGUUUAGGACAAUAAAGAUAGGCUAUUCCAGUAUGAUUCACAAAGGGCCACGUCCGUUAGUACUUUGCGGCCCUUCAGGCACUGGAAAAAGUACUUUGAUAAAACGAUUGUUUGACGAAUUUCCCAACACCUUCAAAUUUUCGGUAUCGCAUACGACUAGAAUGCCACGGCCUGGAGAAGAGGAUGGGAUUCACUAUCAUUUUACAAAUACGGAAAAAAUGCAAGAACAAAUAAAAAAUAGUGAAUUUAUUGAAACUGCUAUAUUUAGCGGAAAUUUAUAUGGCACGAGCAAACAAGCGGUCGAAGAAGUGCAACGUUUAGGAAAGGUGUGCGUAUUAGAUAUCGACAUACAAGGUGUGAAACAAAUAAAACGCACCGAUCUCAAUCCCCUUUAUAUAUUUAUAAAACCACCAUCCAUUGUGGAAUUGGAGCGACGAUUAAAAGCUAGAAAUACAGAGACUGAAGAAUCCUUAGAACAUAGAUUAUCAAUUGCCAAAUCUGAACUAGAAUAUGGUGAAACACCUGGUAACGUUGAUGUUGUCAUAGUAAAUGAUGAUUUGGAGAAAGCAUAUGAGAUCUUACGCAAUUUUAUAUUGAUCAAUUAUAAUCUGCAUUGCAAUACAGAUAUAUGUACUUACAAGGGAAGUUCGGCAAGUGUAAAAUUCGAAAAAAUCUGAAACUUUAUAUAAGUUUAGACCAGAUGGACCUUUUUUGAUACGGAGGGGAAAUGCGUUUAAGCAUACCUCGGGCUUCGGGGGAGAGCCUGAGAUUAUGCGAGAUUCACUCCAGCCAACGACAUGCCGACGGAGGAAUACCCGCUAAAACCCCUCCGAGUGUCCUGCCUUGAUCCUUGGUGUAAGGGGCUCCAGAAAGCGUGCACCAUGCUUCCGGAGAAAUUAGAUGAACCUAAUGAUGAAACAAUUUUUUUUAGCGGCUGAUAUUCGGUUUUAGAAGGUGAAACAUUUCUUUGAAGAAAAUCGGUUUUUUUUUAAAGCUUAUAUUGUCGAAACUAUAAGAGAGAAAAAUGUUUAAAUAAAUAGAAAGUUAAAUUGAAGAGUAUAACAAUGUUAAAAAAAUUAAAAUUUUUUAUACAUUUUCUCACUACUUACCUAUUUUUUUCAAAAUUUUUAUUUUUUUUACAAGCAAAAUAAAGCUUAUUUUAUUAUGAAUUCAAUGGUAUAUGACAAGUUAUAUUGCGACAUUUCCCUUAUCCAGAAAUAAUUAAAAAUCUCUCCAUAAGUAUAUGAUACGACUAUAUCUAUUAAGCUGACACAUCCAAUACAGCACGAUUGAAUGAAAUAUGAAUAGAAAUUUGUUGCUUUUUUGUUGCUAAUUGCUCAAUUCCCAAUUAUGUUACUUUACCUUCAACCCUUGAAAAACGACCCCAAAAAGUCGUACGUUAGCACAAUACAAUAAAAUUGAUAAUUAAUGAGAUAUGUUGACUGAUUACAAUUCUCCGAAUUUGUUGCUCGUGAUUUUGAACAAAUCCAAUUUUGUUGCUCCACCCUCGAUCCUCCGAAAACUACCUUUAGCUGCCGUACGUCAGUACAACAUUCUAAAAAUGCAAGUAGUUGAGAUAUCUCGACUGGUUACGUCUUCCCGAUUUCAUUGCUGUGAUUUUCAACAAAUCCGGUUUUGUUGUUUAUUUGGAGGAUUGAGGGUGGAGCAAAAAAUUGGAUUUGUUGAAAAUCAUGAGCAACAAAAUCGGGAUAAUCAGUCGAGAUAUCUCAUUUAUUAUCAAUUUUAUUGUAUUGUGCUAACGUACGACUUUUUGGUGUCGUUUUUCAGGGGUUGGGGGUUGAGCAACCUAAUUGGGAAUUGAGCAAGUAAUUAGCAACAAAUUAGUAAAAGAAGAAUCUGUAUUGUUUUUUUAUUUAUUUUUUUAAUGGUUAUGUAAUAGGGAAAAGUAUAAAAAAAAAAUAAAUAAAAAAAUUUAACACCGUUAUAAAGUUCUUUAAAUCAUUUAACUUUCUAUCUGAACACUUUUCUCUAUCUUUUAUAAUUUCGACGAUAAACGCUUUGAAAGAAAAAAAAAAUCGAUUUUCUUCAAAGGGGGUUUUACCUCCUCAAACCAAAUAUCAGCCAAUUAAAAAAAUUGUUUCGUAAUUAGAUUCAUCUACUCUAAACUUAUACAAAGUUUCAGAUUUUUUUGAAUUUUACACUUUGUAACAUUACGCCCCUCCACCGUGCCGCCAACUCCAGACCGAUCGACCGUCAGACGCAUCGCAGCCGAGCAUGUGCGUACGCUCGGCUCACGAUAGCACGAACACUUAACACCCAGCGCGACCGGCGCGCCACGCGCCGCCUUCAGCAAGCGUUCCCACUCCGGCUGGCUCGACCGCGCGAGCUGAUUGGUGCGUCCAGCCGCGCGGAGCGCUAUGUAAGCAGUGGGCACCCGAAGAGAGAUCCUCCUGAACAUCCGAUCUCACCGGAUCCUGACCAGCGCCGGGCAUACUCGGCGCCUCCUAGCUCGGGCAUUCUCGAGCACCUCCUCGGGAACGAGCAUUCUCGUUCCAGCCAUCCCACGAUGGGUAUACUCAUCGUUCCCGAGGCCGGGUAUGCUCGGCCAAUUCGAUCCGCUCAGCGGACGACGGGCAUUCUCGUGCGUCCGCCCUGAUAAAAAAACCAAUAGAAAACAAUAAAAAGUAUUAGAAACCUGAUUCAAAACGAUAGAGUUCUAUUGUUUUGAAUCAGGUUUCUGACACUUUCUAUUGUUUUCUAUCGGUCUUUUUAAUCAGGGCGGCUGAUCCGCAUGUUACGCCGUGCGGCGGGCAUUCUCAUCGCACGGACUAUCCAUUCCGUUCGACCGGACGACGGGCAUUCUCGUCGUCCGGCCAAUCCGACCAGACCGUUCCAUGUGUCCCUGGGCAUUCUCGGGGACCGACCGCGCCGACACCGCUUCCGGCAUACCGUACGUCACGGGGUGUUCACCCCGCGAGAUGAGGCCGUUCCGGCCGACACCGUCGUCGACCCUCGCGCAGCGCGGAACCGUCCGCCGCGCCGCGAAUCGUCGAUACCACGACCGCUACCGGUCGACCGCACGGGCCAAUCACGGCCCGUUUCACGGCACUCAGAGUUCGCCACCGCGUGGCAACUCGGAGCAUUGACGCCGUACGUCCAGCGCGCCGAAUCCGUCCGUUCGUAAACCGUAGUUGUCCGAAUCCGUUCUUCCGUCGGAAUAUUAAGCUACACCGCGAAUUACAUUUUGUCAGAUUAUUAUUUAACCGAGCAACUCCGAUUGCUACCUCCGAGCGCAUAGCGCAUAACCCACGUCCGUCCAUUACUCCAGUUACUCGAAUCCGUUUCUUUGUGUUUAGAUAUUAAGUACGCCGCGAAGAUAUUUUUCCGUUCUUUUAUUUUGCGCGGGUCCGACUAUUGCGUAACCGAGCACUCCGGUGCCGUAACACUACUCGUCUAGUUCAAUUCUGUCCGAUAAAGAUAUUGGAACAUUAUUAUUAUUUUGUACGAAACCAACGUUUCCAAAUACAUUUAAGCUGUUUUGUUUUCACCAUCAAACCACGGCGUAAUCAUUUUACACGAACCCGGACAUCCGGCGAGCACAUCCGAGCAACCGAUCCCGAACACAAUCCCGUAACCGCACCGAGAAAGUACCAGCGUUACAACUUAUCGAACUUUCCUUGUUAGUACACGUUAAAACAGAAUUUAAAAAUUUUCAUUUGUUUAGUUGGCGAAAACAACAAAGCACAUUUUUUGCUUGGAUAUAUUAACGUACCCAAGCAGAAAAUUUGCUCAAGCUGAAUUUGAAAAUUUGUUGCGUGUGAUAGAUUUUCAAAACAUUUAUAUUGCAACAUUUUAAAUGACAUUUUGCAGAAUCCUUUCAGAAAUGUUACACAUGGAAUAUGAAAUGCUGAAAUCUUUCUUAAACUCUGCAAUAAUUGGUGCUAUAUAAGAAUUUGAAAUUUUGCAUAUUUAUUCUGUGAUGUUUUUUUUUACAAAUUGUUUCAGAUGUUAGGAAAAAUAUAUUAUAGUCUUAGUAAUUAUUUGCAAAUCUGUAUGGACAUGUUAAAAAGGUAUCGGCUCACUAUUACCAUUUAAGAUGUAUAAAUCAUCUAAAAUAAAGCAUUAAUAUAAAUUCUUA